GCGGCGGCUGGGCUCGCCUUGGGCCGCGCUCGGCGGGCUGCGCUCCUUCGCCCGCGCGCUCCGGCCGGGCGCCGCGAGGCUGCUCCCCCGCCGCGCAGCGGGGCCUGCCCGGGCGGCAUGGAGCGGGCGGCGGCGGCGGCGGGGCCGCUGGAAAGAGGCGGCGGCGGCGGCGGCGGCGGCGGGCGGUGACCGGGCCGGCCGGCGGCGAUGCGCCCGCCCUGGCCAUGGAGGAGCGCUGGCACCGCGUGCUGGUGGCGCUGGUGAUGCUGCUGCUCUUCGGCGGGCUGGUGCUGCAGUACGUGUGCCCGGGCAGCCAGUGCCAGCUGCGGCCGCGCCUGGCCGGCGGGGCCGCCUCGCCCCCGGCGCGGGCGGGCGCGGGCGGCGCGGACCCGUACCGGGCCGAGGACGAGAGCCCCGCGCGCUUCGUGCCGCGCCUGAACUUCUCGGCCGCCGACCUGCUGCGCCGCGUGGACUUCCGCAUCGCGGGCGACGACCUGAUCGUCUUCCUGCACAUCCAGAAGACCGGCGGGACCACCUUCGGGCGGCACCUGGUGCGCAACAUCCAGCUGGAGCAGCCCUGCGAGUGCAAGGCCGGCCAGAAGAAGUGCACCUGCCUGCGGCCGGGCAAGCGCGAGACCUGGCUCUUCUCGCGCUUCUCCACCGGCUGGAGCUGCGGGCUGCACGCCGACUGGACCGAGCUGACCAACUGCGUGCCGGCCGUGGUGGACAGCCGGAAGGACGCGCGCCUGCGGCCCUCCAGGAAUUUCUACUACAUCACCAUCCUGAGGGACCCGGUUUCCCGGUACUUGAGCGAAUGGAGGCACGUCCAAAGAGGAGCCACCUGGAAGGCCUCAUUGCACGUCUGCGAUGGAAGGUCUCCGACCUCCGAGGAACUGCCUAGUUGCUACUCGGGGGAUGACUGGUCGGGCUGCUCUCUGCAAGAGUUCAUGGACUGUCCAUACAACCUGGCCAACAACCGUCAAGUCCGCAUGCUGGCAGACCUGAGUUUGGUGGGAUGCUACAAUUUGUCCGUCAUGCCAGAAGAGCAACGGAACAAGGUCCUCCUGGACAGCGCCAAGGAGAACCUCAAGCGGAUGGCCUUCUUUGGUUUGACGGAAUUCCAGCGGAAGACCCAGUAUCUCUUUGAGAAGACCUUCAACAUGAACUUCAUCUCGCCAUUCACCCAGUACAACAGCACAAGGGCCUCCAGCGUGGACAUUGAUGAGGCAACCCAACAGCGAAUCGAGGCCCUCAACUUUUUAGACAUGAACCUGUACGAUUAUGCAAAAGACCUUUUCCUGCAGCGGUACCAGUUCACAAGACAGAAGGAGCACCAGGAGGCCCGCCGGAAACGCCAGGAGCAGCGGAAAAUCUGGCGGGCCAAGCAGGGCCGCAGCAGAGAGCAGGACGGCCGAAACGCCACCACAGAUUACAUUGGGAACGUGGAGCAGUGGCGGUAAUGAGGGGUCUUGGGGUCCGGAGUGGAACGGCAGAGCCAGACAAGAAGAUGCUGCUUCUCCAAGCAAUGUGGGGAGAGGGGUUGAGUGCAGGCGGCCUUUGGCAUUCAGUGUUGUGCUGUAGGUGGGUUAACCUUUUACUCUCUGUGUUGUCUCGGAUCUGUCCCUGUCAAGGAAGGAAGGAAGGCCGGCCUCUUGGGCUGCAUGGCAAACCAUCGUUCUUGUCACAAAUUAUUGCUCAGCAGAAUCAAAGUGGAAGCGGUGAAGGCUGUACUCAAGGACUCUGGCAGGGGAAAGAGGAGAAGGUGUGUUUUCCUGAGGCGGGGGGCGACACGGGGAAGCCGUCUCUGCAUUUUGUAAAGUGGCCUGAGGCUCUGGUAUUUUUUAUAUCCCAUCCAGGUCUCAGAUGUCAGAAAACCAUGGGCAGCGGGCAGGCCGAAUGUCUAGUGUUAAAUUGGGAAUGGGGUAGCUCUCUGUAGCUGCAGAUCCCCGCAUUCAGUUAUUUCUUGGAGCUCCAUAUCCUCAAUUAGAGAGGCAACCGGUUCCAUUUAAUACUACACAUUUCAAAAAAGGCUGUCGUAGGUAAGACCCAUACCUCUUGGGUGCAGCCUACGGCCUCCCUCUUUCUUCCAGCCUUGGAGGGGCCUUUGCUGGGUGGGUGGGGACUUCCCUUAAGCUCCACCCCUGUCAUCCAGCCCACCCAGGCAGAAGAAGGGGCUGCCUCUGGCCAUUAAAAGAGUGGCCAGUUGUGGCCAAAGUGAGUCCUGGUGAGGAUUACCUGUCUGGGUCAACGUUGCCACUCACUGUCAUGUCAUGUCAAGUCUAUUUCUGCUUCUGAGGUCUCUUAUAACCUUGGGGACUGAUUCAACACCCUCAUUUCCCCCAACUGUGGAAAUUCAAGACAUAAUCAUCACCCCCCUCAAGUGAUUUUCAGGUGGCUUCUGCUUCAGCAGAUGAACAUUCCAAAAAGAACAUUUCAGACCCUUUUUAAGAGUUUGGUGUUACUUCAUCAACAUAUUUUGAAAGGCUGCCAAUGGUCUCUACCAAGGACCAGUUGGGUUGAAGAGUACCGGAAAGGUUUGGGGAAGAAGCUGUUGAUGAGUGUCUUGUGUAAAUUGGCUUUUAGCAAAGAUAGGGAGAUUUUGUCUAUAAAUAUUUAAACUUUUUUUUAAAGAAAUCUGACUACAGCUGUUGAUGGAUCUCAAGCUUGUUUUAUUUCAGGUAGAAGAAGGGAGAAAAAGCCCCAGUGAUUUGCUGAAUGUUGGCACCAGGAAACAGAACUGUAGGGUUUUUUUGUUUGUUUUUUUAAGGAGGCUGAAUUUUAAUGUAUUUUGGAAGUAUAAGGGUAUAUUUUAACAUUUUGGAAACAGAGACGGUUUUCCAUGCCCUCUGUCCAUUUUAAUAAUAAUUCUUGCAAUUUGUGUGUUCUUUUACAAGGGUGCCAUAGCUUUUAUCCUGGAAAAGUUCUCCCGUUUGUGAAUUGUUAUGGCAGAUACAGUUUCCCAGUAGAAGCAGAAUUCGUCAGAGGGGACAACUCUAACAUUUGUUUUGCUUUUGGAACACUUUUUAUGACACGGCAAGGCAUUUGAGCAUUUUUGGGGAUGGCUUUCAGAGAUCAUCAGAUUUGAAGAGAGACAUAUUUCUUGUACUUGGGACCAAUUCAACAAGGUACCUUUGCAGUUGCGUACCUGGCAUGCAAGGAGGAGAAUGCCAGUGGAAAGCGGCUGCUUCCCUCAGGAUCACCCUUGCAAAGAACCAUUGUCUUGAGAAUAUAUCCUCUCUGCUUGUUGCAACCAUUGAGGGCACUUGUUCUGAUCUAGGUUGCAAAAUCCUGGGCGGGGAUGGAUUGGGUCUUCUUGCUGCCAUGAGAAUCAUUUGCCAAGCGAGGAUGCUGGCUGUGCCUUGGGCAUACACAGACGCAACCCUUCAUUUGUCCACCCAACACCCAUCGAGUGUGGGGUGUAAGAAAUUGCAUGUCCCCAUACAUCAGACAAUAAGGCAAAGAUGGACACCUGCAUGUUGUGUCAGAUGGCACACGGCAAUUUUUGAGUAAAGGAAUUAAGUUUUUCUGGUUAUGCUGGUAUGGCGAUAGUUGUCUUGUUGGAAAAGAAGGAAGAUAGAAGUCUUGAAAAACAAACUAAGUUAAGCUGAUUAAACCAAGAAAGGUGUCAGCAGAGCCACUGUGCUUUAGAGUCAAGGCUAUUCUUAAAUAUCGUAAAUAUUCUUAAAUGUCCAGCUCCAUAACAGGUAGUUUCCAGUUGUCUAAAAUGAGGGGUCAUCUUGAAUUAUAAACUCAUUUGUCUUGAGCUUUCUAUAGCUUGCUCAUCCUCUCCGUUCUUCAUUAUUUUACCAUCUCAGAUGGUAGGCCAAUACCUGUAGAUGAGAAAAUGCUGCCAACCUUCCUUAUGUUCUGGCUGAGGAGGUUGGGAGUUGUAGUCUUCAACGCUGAAGGGCACAGGUUUGGAAAACUUGCCUUAUGCUGUGGGCUGUCUGCCAUCAGAGCUCACAUCCUUGCUGUGCAGUUGUGUAAUUCAAGGCAUCGGGUUUCAGAAUUGGAUCGGGGACCCCAGGGCCAGCAAAUGAUGGUAGUUGGCUUUGUUUCCCUUUAUCCUUGGCCUCUUUCCGAGAAAUAGCCCUUCCUGUCCCUUGGGUGUAAUGUCCGUGUUUGAUAUUUGCAAUGUGGCACUGUCGGAGACCCACACAAGAUUCCCAAGGCAAGACUCCUAAGCUUACGGCAUUGGCUCUCCAUGACCUAUGGGCAUCUAGAAUAUGGGCCAUAGCUGCAGUGCUCCAGCUGUGUUGACAUGGGCCCAGCAACCAUUGAGGACUUCUGUUCCUUGGUCCCAUCAAGAGAAGCUCCAGUUUGGUGCUUUCUGUCUCUCUCUCUCUCUCUCUCUCUGUCUGUUUCCUGAUGCUAGGAAAUUACCCAAAAGGUGGAGGGCCAGGCGAUUUGAUGCACGUGGACAGUGUGAACCUCUAUGCAAAACUCUCCUGAAGAUUGCAAUGAUAAAUAGUAUGUGCUUUGAAGCUUUUCUAUCUUAAUGAGGACAGGGGUUCAUUUCAAUUUUAUGUGCUUUGUUGCUGUGUGAGUUCACGAUACGUAACUUUCCUUCUCAACUCUGGGCAAUGGAGACACUUGGAGAUGGUUUCCUUGUUUUAGGCAUAUUCAGUAUUAACCAGGCCUUUUUUUUUAACACUUAAAUCUGGGACACUAUAUUAAUAAACCUUUAUGCAAAACACACAAUUUUGAGGUCUCUUUGUUUGGCAGGCCAACUCCUGGAUGCCUGCUCAGAGGUGGGCAUAGGAUAGCCUGCACCAGCUCGUCCCUCCAGAUGUGCUGGGGCUGAAGUUCUCAGACUUCUGUUCCGUUUGACAGAUCUGGAGGUCAAAGUUAGGAAGAAACCAAUAUAGAAUUUUAGGCUAAGUUAUCUAAAGUUUCUUGCAACAGGCAUUUCUUUAGAGCAGUGUUUCUCUACCUUGGUGACUUCAAGAUAUGUGGACUUCAACUCCCAGAAUUCCUCAGCCAGCCUGCUGGCUGGGGAAUCCUAGCAGUUGAAGUCCACAUAUCUUCAAGUUGCUGAGGUUGCGAAACACUGCUUUGGAGCCCUAAAACUUUAAUAGUUCAAGAGGAGGGGGGUGGGGCAUAUCCUAGUAAUGUGCAAAAAAAUAGAAGGGUUGCAUAGUGUUUUUAAAUUGAACUAAAUGAAAUGCCAUUCUAGCAUCUAGCGUUGGCUUUAACAGGGAGAAGUCCUCAGCUCUCAACACGGAAGGUGACCCAGUCCUGUGCUCUUGAACAGCUCUUUAUCAAGAGAUGCAAUUUUGUCCUUAUGCUGUGGUGUGCAUGGUUUACAACAACAACAAAAAACACCCUUUUCUUUGUGUGUACUGUGUGUUGUAUAUAGGGGGUGGUAUGCAUAUAAGGAUAUGAUUUUGUCAUAACCACAUGAAUUCUUCUGGUUUCCAGUAUAGGCCGCUGUGUUACUGUAUAGGUUGACAACCGCAAAAGUGGGAAGGGGGGAGCCAGUUUCAACUGACUUGGAUGGUGUAAUUUACCAAUAGAGUUGAUAAAAUAAACUUUAAUUACUGUC